AUGGCCACGGCACGCAUUAUCUCCUGGAAGAGUGCAUGUUGCCUCCUUCUUAGCCUGCUAUCUCUCCAAUUCGUGCUCCUCUAUUCGACACAAAGCAGCAGUCUCACGAACCGUCUACCUUCCUUUGGAACCUCGAAUCGACAUGAUAAAUCGCGGCCGCCAGGAAGUACAGUCGCUGAUCUUGAACUUGGCACGAUAGAUGCUUUCACCGCCACGCAGUGCAAUCAGACGUUUCCUCAUUUAUAUCGGGACAUUGAACGAGCUGUCCGCUACUGGAAAGACAGGCGCCACACUCUCACCCCUCAGGAUGUGGAUAUCUCCUGGAGGAACGAUGGCGCUCUUCGUAUACUCAUUGUAGAGAAUGAGCUACGCAUACUAGAGACUAAAGGCACUUUUGAUAACACGGGCUAUCGUGUGCGCAUUCAAUCUAUCCUUCAUCUCAUCCAACGAGCCUUAUGGAGCGCGACAAUUGCAGACGAACGUCUACCGACUGUCGAGGCAGCGAUUGUGGUCGACGAUAUGUCCUCCAUCCCUAAUGGAAAGGAUACUCACUCAGUCUGGACAUGGACCUCUCUGCUCAGAGGUGAUGCUGGACAGAAGAACUGGCUGAUCCCUGAUUUCGGCAUGUUCAGCGCACCUGCCACAGGCUCCUUCCUCGAUACCCGAAGACGAGCAGCUCAGCACGACUCUCCAUUCACAGAAAAGAUUCCGAAGGCCUUUUGGAGAGGCGUAAGAUGGACCAACGAAGCGGUGCGAGGAGCUCUUUUGGAGAAAACGAAAGGACAAGAAUGGGCCGAUGCGGCCGUCAUAAACUGGGCAUCUAAGACCAACAUCAUAUCUGCUGACGAGAUGUGCAAGUAUGCUUUUCUGAUUCAUACCGAAGGACGCUCUUACUCCGGACGGCUUCAGUUCCUACUAAACUGCGAUUCGCUCCCGAUCCUUCACGAAUUAGAAUGGAACGCUCACUUCUACCACCUUCUGAAACCAGACGGCGACGAUCAGAACUACAUCUCUGUCAAGAGAGAUUUCAGCGAUCUUCAGAGCAAGGUGGAAUAUUAUCUUAAGCAUCCCGACGAAGCACAGCGAAUCAUCGCGAAUUCCAUCAAUACUUUUCGCAACAAUUAUACUUCUCCUGCCGCGACCAGCUGUUACCUUAGGAGAUUGAUACGCGAAUACAGUACUGUGGCUUUCACCCCGGACGUGAAGAGGUCUGGUAAGCAAGGAGAAGGCACGAAGAGGAGAGGCAUCUCGUUCGAGGAGUGGAUACAUUUGCGAGGCGAGUACAAUGAAGACGCCUGA